ACAGAAAAAAAACUAGCGAAUGACCACAUUUGCGUGUUUUGAUUGAAUUUGCUGAAAAUCUUAAUAUCUAUAAUUUUCUUAAAUAAAAGAAUGGAUAGCAAGUGUCGUCGUAACGGGAGGCUCAUAGACGUAGUGGACGAGGAAUGGCGCGCUGAGCGGCUCCCGCAUGAGGACAUCGAGGUUCCACUGGAGGAACUGCCCGACCCGGAAGCCGACUCCGCGGACUCGCACCUCACACUCAAAGAGCAAAGUUUGCGCUGGCAAGAGAACUUUCCCGAACCGAGCAAUAUUCAAAACUAGGAACAAAUAAAUGUAAGAGACCAAUUACCAAAAUAUCUCAAUGGACAAGCGAAACUGCUCACAACAAGAUGUAUCAUAAUUGAAACAGAGAAGGUUGCUAAGAAGGCACAUGGAGCCCUCACCAUCCUGAAAC